AUGAACAAGGUCAGGAAACAGAUGACUGAAAUGAUAUUGGAUCUCACCAUGGAGAUCAUCUACCUGCUGACUGGAGAGGUGAGGGAUUCUGGGUAAUGUCAUUAUGGAGAUCUACCUGCUGACUGGAGAGGUGAGGGAUUCUGGGUAAUGUCACCAUGGAGAUCAUCUACCUGCUGGCUGGAGAGGUGAGGGAUUCUGGGUAAUGUGAUUAUGGAGAUCAUCUACCUGCUGACUGGAGAGGUGAGGGAUUCUGGGUAAUGUCAGUGUGGAGAUCAUCUACCUGCUGGCCGGAGAGGUGAGGGAUUCUGGGUAAUGUCAUUAUGGAGAUCAUCUACCUGCUGACUGGAGAGGUGAGGGAUUCUGGGUAAUGUCACCAUGGAGAUCAUCUACCUGCUGACUGGAGAGGUGAGGGAUUCUGGGUAAUGUCAUUAUGGAGAUCAUCUACCCGCUGACUGGAGAGGUGAGGGAUUCUGGGUAAUGUCAUUAUGGAGAUCAUCUACCCGCUGACUGGAGAGGUGAGGGAUUCUGGGUAAUGUCAGUAUGGAGAUCAUCUACCUGCUGGCUGGAGAGGUGAGGGAUUCUGGGUAAUGUCAUUAUGGAGAUCAUCUACCUGCUGACUGGAGAGGUGAGGGAUUCUGGGUAAUGUCAUUAUGGAGAUCAUCUACCUGCUGACUGGAGAGGUGAGGGAUUCUGGGUAAUGUCAACAUGGAGAUCAUCUACCUGCUGACUGGAGAGGUGAGGGAUUCUGGGUAAUGUCAUUAUGGAGAUCAUCCACCUGCUGACUGGAGAGGUGAGGGAUUCUGGGUAAUGUCAUUAUGGAGAUCAUCUACCUGCUGACUGGAGAGGUGAGGGAUUCUGGGUAAUGUCAGCAUGGAGAUCAUCUACCUGCUGACUGGAGAGGUGAGGGAUUCUGGGUAAUGUCAGUAUGGAGAUCAUCUACCUGCUGACUGGAGAGGUGAGGGAUUCUGGGUAAUGUCAAUAUGGAGAUCAUCUACCUGCUGGCUGGAGAGGUGAGGGAUUCUGGGUAAUGUCAGUAUGGAGAUCAUCUACCCGCUGACUGGAGAGGUGAGGGAUUCUGGGUAAUGUCAUUAUGGAGAUCAUCUACCCGCUGACUGGAGAGGUGAGGGAUUCUGGGUAAUGUCAUUAUGGAGAUCAUCUACCCGCUGACUGGAGAGGUGAGGGAUUCUGGGUAAUGUCAGUAUGGAGAUCAUCUACCUGCUGACUGGAGAGGUGAGGGAUUCUGGGUAAUGUCAGUAUGGAGAUCAUCUACCUGCUGGCUGGAGAGGUGAGGGAUUCUGGGUAAUGUCAGUAUGGAGAUCAUCUACCUGCUGGCUGGAGAGGUGAGGGAUUCUGGGUAAUGUCAGUAUGGAGAUCAUCUACCUGCUGACUGGAGAGGUGAGGGAUUCUGGGUAAUGUCAGUAUGGAGAUCAUCUACCUGCUGACUGGAGAGGUGAGGGAUUCUGGGUAAUGUCAGUAUGGAGAUCAUCUACCUGCUGACUGGAGAGGUGAGGGAUUCUGGGUAAUGUCAGUAUGGAGAUCAUCUACCUGCUGACUGGAGAGGUGAGGGAUUCUGGGUAAUGUCAGUAUGGAGAUCAUCUACCUGCUGACUGGAGAGGUGAGGGAUUCUGGGUAAUGUCAGUAUGGAGAUCAUCUACCUGCUGACUGGAGAGGUGAGGGAUUCUGGGUAAUGUCAGUAUGGAGAUCAUCUACCUGCUGACUGGAGAGGUGAGGGAUUCUGGGUAAUGUCAGUAUGGAGAUCAUCUACCUGCUGACUGGAGAGGUGAGGGAUUCUGGGUAAUGUCAGUAUGGAGAUCAUCUACCUGCUGACUGGAGAGGGGAGGGAUUCUGGGUAAUGUCAGUAUGGAGAUCAUCUACCUGCUGACUGGAGAGGUGAGGGAUUCUGGGUAAUGUCAUUAUGGAGAUCAUCUACCUGCUGACUGGAGAGGUGAGGGAUUCUGGGUAAUGUCACCAUGGAGAUCAUCUACCCGCUGGCUGGAGAGGUGAGGGAUUCUGGGUAAUGUCAUUAUGGAGAUCAUCUACCUGCUGGCUGGAGAGGUGAGGGAUUCUGGGUAAUGUCACCAUGGAGAUCAUCUACCUGCUGACUGGAGAGGUGAGGGAUUCUGGGUAAUGUCAGUAUGGAGAUCAUCUACCUGCUGGCUGGAGAGGUGAGGGAUUCUGGGUAAUGUCAUUAUGGAGAUCAUCUACCUGCUGACUGGAGAGGUGAGGGAUUCUGGGUAAUGUCAGUAUGGAGAUCAUCUACCUGCUGACUGGAGAGGUGAGGGAUUCUGGGUAAUGUCAUUAUGGAGAUCAUCUACCUGCUGACUGGAGAGGUGAGGGAUUCUGGGUAAUGUCAUUAUGGAGAUCAUCUACCUGCUGACUGGAGAGGUGAGGGAUUCUGGGUAAUGUCAGUAUGGAGAUCAUCUACCUGCUGACUGGAGAGGUGAGGGAUUCUGGGUAAUGUCACCUUGGAGAUCACCUACCUGCUGACUGGAGAGGUGAGGGAUUCUGGGUAAUGUCAUAUGGAGAUCAUCUACCUGCUGACUGGAGAGGUGAUGGAUUCUGGGUAAUGUCAGUAUGGAGAUCAUCUACCUGCUGACUGGAGAGGUGAGGGAUUCUGGGUAAUGUCAGUAUGGAGAUCAUCUACCUGCUGACUGGAGAGGUGAGGGAUUCUGGGUAAUGUCAUUAUGGAGAUCAUCUACCUGCUGACUGGAGAGGUGAGGGAUUCUGGGUAAUGUCAUUAUGGAGAUCAUCCACCUGCUGACUGGAGAGGUGAGGGAUUCUGGGUAAUGUCACCAUGGAGAUCAUCUACCUGCUGACUGGAGAGGUGAGGGAUUCUGGGUAAUGUCACCAUGGAGAUCAUCUACCUGCUGACUGGAGAGGUGAGGGAUUCUGGGUAAUGUCAUUAUGGAGAUCAUCUACCUGCUGGCUGGAGAGGUGAGGGAUUCUGGGUAAUGUCAGGAUGGAGAUCAUCUACCUGCUGGCUGGAGAGGUGAGGGAUUCUGGGUAAUGUCAGUAUGGAGAUCAUCUACCUGCUGACUGGAGAGGUGAGGGAUUCUGGGUAAUGUCACCAUGGAGAUCAUCUACCUGCUGACUGGAGAGGUGAGGGAUUCUGGGUAAUGUCACCAUGGAGAUCAUCUACCUGCUGACCGGAGAGGUGAGGGAUUCUGGGUAAUGUCAUUAUGGAGAUCAUCUACCUGCUGACUGGAGAGGUGAGGGAUUCUGGGUAAUGUCACCAUGGAGAUCAUCUACCUGCUGACUGGAGAGGUGAGGGAUUCUGGGUAAUGUCAUUAUGGAGAUCAUCUACCUGCUGACUGGAGAGGUGAGGGAUUCUGGGUAAUGUCUCCAUGGAGAUCAUCUACCUGCUGACUGGAGAGGUGAGGGAUUCUGGGUAAUGUCAUUAUGGAGAUCAUCUACCUGCUGACUGGAGAGGUGAGGGAUUCUGGGUAAUGUCAUUAUGGAGAUCAUCUACCUGCUGGCUGGAGAGGUGAGGGAUUCUGGGUAAUGUCAGUAUGGAGAUCAUCUACCUGCUGGCUGGAGAGGUGAGGGAUUCUGGGUAAUGUCAGUAUGGAGAUCAUCUACCUGCUGGCUGGAGAGGUGAGUGGUUCUGGGAGUGUCACAGUGGUUUCAUGCUAAUACAUAUCUUAUAAAAAGAACAUGGAGAGAGAAGUCAUGGGAUGAUGUCUGGUAAAUAUAGAUUUCAUAGUCUCAUGAACAUAAUAUGUAAAUUGGAUAUCACAAAACAAGACGGGAAAAUAGAUAAAUAUGAGCUUUCUAUUGAAUUGUCAAUCCUCGAGAAAAGUGUUCAUACAUUUAUUUUUGAUAUUAUUCAUAUAUUGGACUAUAACUCUCUCAAGAAUGGUUUUAAAGGGACACUAUAGUCACCAGAACAACUACAACUUAUUGAAUUUGUUCUGGUGAGUAGAAUCAUUACCUUCGGGCUUUUUGCUGUAAACACUGUCUUUUCAGAGAAAAUGCAGUGUUUACAUUACAGCCUAGUGAUAACUUCACUGGCCACUUCUCAGAUGGCUGUUAGAGAUCCUUCCUUGGGCAGUGCGGCAGAGAGGCCUUCUUCUCUGUCCAGGAUGUCCACGUAGGAUGAAGGUUGCUUGGAUUACAGAGACAUCACUCUGCCCAGAGAUAGCUCAGCUUCUGAUGGCUUAAAACCCUCCUCCAAGUAUUUCAGAUAUACUCCUGUUGUCCAACAAUGCUUGGCCUAUUAGAAAUGCAAAAAAAUGACAAAUAAUGGCAUAGACUACAGGAGCUUCAGUCCCAUGUCUCUGCUUACCAUAGCAGCCAUUCCCCACCCUAGGCCAGGCCCAUGGUCAUGGCUAUGGGAUUCACAAGGUCGGCUGUCAAAUGGUCAAAGAGGAACUGUCAUAUGUUUGGAAUUUACACCAUUAAAUAAAACAUUGGAAAUAACCUGUAACUUGUGUUAAUCUUUUCUGCAUGAGAUGUUUUCUUUAAAAUUUCUGUUAAAGAUUUAUCAAAUAACAUCAUCAUUAUCUGGUUCAGACAAAGCAAAGCCGGGCAAACAUUGAAUAUGAAGAGGAGAAACAGAAAUAAUCUUUUAUCUCAUCUUUUCUGAUAGCGUUCUCUAAAUGCGAAGUACAAACUAUGGAGCUUAUAGCAAUGAUUGACACGAUGGAAUUGUAGGAUAAUGAAGUAUGGAUAUUUACAUUCAUUUUAUUUUUCACAUCUCACAAAUACAUAAUAAAGGGAUACAUAACAUAAUAUUGCAAAUUCUGGGAAGUGAGAGUUCCCCUUUAUAGAGCCCAACCUCCCAUAUAAACCUAGUUUGUUGAAAUAGAACAGUAUUGAGGAGGAAUGAACCAGAUUGAAGUCUUAUUUUCUGCUUUGUUUGUGUCUAUGAAAGGAAACCUUCUCAUGUCUUAUCUCCACUCUCGAUAUAUAGCAUUAUAGCACGAGGUCUGGAGAAUGUGGGACUCGUAGCAGCAGUCCUCAUAUAUCGGCUGGAUCGUGCGGGACCCAGAACUCUCCCGUGUCUCCACCUCACUUAUUGUUACAUGAGAAGAACAAUGACAAGAAAAUCCUCGAACUAACCUAUCGGAUCAUUCACCUGCUGACUGGAGAGGUGAGGCUGCUGGGAAUGGGACAUUAUACAGUAAAACCAAGGGAUGUUCCUGGAUGGUGACUGUAUCAUUGUGUGUGUCAGGUUCCUAUAAGGUGUGAGGAUGUCACUGUCUAUUUCUCCAUGGAGGAGUGGGAGUAUUUAGAAGGACACAUGGAUCUAUACAAGAACCUUAGCUCACUGGGUAAGAAGAAGUUUAAUUACCAUAAUAUAUUUGUGCACAAUGCCAGGGAAAUUGCAGUCCAAACGUUGUUUGACAUGUGUACUUGACAUUCAUAAGUAAUUGAUUGGCUAUUAAUCUAAAUUUUCUUUCAAUAGAUAAAUCUAUAUCCGGUUUACUUAACGCUCCAUUUUCUUUGCCUGAUUUUGCAACCAAGCACCAAGCUGAAAAUAAAAACUAUAAUAGAGAGAAAUAUGUGAAAAAUGACAUCACGAGAAAAAGGCAAACUGACUCUAUAACAUGCGUGUCAAAAGAAUCUGUUCCACAUGAAGAAAAACAUCUCACAAAUAGUAACAAAUACAUAAAAUGUAAUCGAACAGACGCUGAUAUUUGUACAUCCUUAGAAUAUCAAACUACUUUUUUUAAGGAGACCUCAUCCUCACGUGAUGAGGGGAACCUCACAGACAUUAAUACAAAGUUAGAAGAUAUAUCUGUCCUACCUUUUAAAUGCCCUGAUUGUGAGAAAUGUUUUGCACAUAGUUCGUCUCUCCUUAUACAUCAAAGAUGCCAUAAAGGAGACAAAUCGACCAGUUGUGACGAAUGUGGGAAAUGUUUUACCCAGGCCUCACAUCUUAUGGCACAUAAAAGGGUCCACACAAGUGAGAAACCAUUCACAUGUUCUGAAUGUGGUAAGGGCUGCAAUGAUAGCACAAGUCUUCUUUUACAUCAAAGAACUCAUACUGAGGACAGAGCAGUCUUGUGUUCUGGAUGUGGAAAAUCUUUUGCAAAUGGCACAGAUCUUAUCAAACAUCAAAGGAUGCACAAAGGGGAGAAGCCAUUUUUAUGUGUUGCGUGUGGUGAGCGCUUUACACAUCAUUCCACUUUUGUGAGGCAUCAGAGGACUCAUACAGGGGAGAAACCAUUUUCAUGUUCGGAAUGUGGACAACAUUUUAACCGAAAGGCUAAUCUUGUUAGACAUCAGAGAGGUCAUUCCGGAGAAAAACCUUUUAAAUGCCCUGAUUGUGAUAAAUGUUUUGCACAUAGCUCUUCUCUCCUUAUACAUCAAAGACGUCACAAAGGAGACAAACCAUUUUCUUGUGAUGAAUGUGGUAAACGUUUUACCCAGGCCUCACAUCUUAUUGCACACAAAAGGAUCCACACUGGGGAGAAACCAUUCACAUGUUCUGAGUGUGGUAAGGGCUACAAUGAUAGCACAAGUCUACUUAUACAUCAGAGAAUUCACACUGGGGAUAGGCCGUUCUCAUGUUCUGAAUGUGGGAAAUCUUUUGCAAAUGGUGCAAAUUUUGUUAAACAUAAAAGGAUCCACACUGGGGAGAAGCCAUUCUCAUGCCUUGAAUGUGGUGAGCGCUUUACCCAUCAUACCACUUAUGUGAGGCACCGAAGGAUUCAUACAAGGGCAAAAUGA